AUGAGCAUCACAGAUGUCCUUAGUGCUGAUGACAUCGCAGCAGCCCUGCAGGAGUGCCAAGACCCAGAUACUUUUGAACCCCAAAAAUUCUUCCAGACAUCAGGCCUCUCCAAGAUGUCGGCCAAUCAGGUGAAGGAUGUUUUUCGGUUCAUAGACAAUGACCAGAGUGGAUAUCUGGAUGAAGAAGAGCUUAAGUUUUUCCUCCAGAAGUUUGAGAGUGGUGCUAGAGAACUGACUGAGUCAGAAACCAAGUCCUUGAUGGCGGCUGCAGAUAAUGAUGGUGAUGGAAAAAUUGGGGCUGAUGAAUUCCAGGAAAUGGUGCAUUCUUAA